AUGGCGAAACCCCAGUCUUCGUGGUCUUUGAUGACCCCCAUGCUGCUUUUCUCCUGCUUUUGUCUGUUGACAGGUGAUAUGCUUUUCGGAUACGACACGGCCAGCUUUGGCGGCAUCCUGGCCAACCCGGGCUUUGUUCGGCAGUUUGGCGCCUAUAAUUCUCAGAAGAAAACCUAUGCUUUUGAUUCCUUUCAUGUGUCCCUUCUUUCGUCUCUUCCAUUUAUUGGCAAGUUUAUCGGCUGUCUGGUGGCCGGUCCGGCUAUCGAAAAGUUUGGCCAUCGGAGCGUGUUCUUCGCUCUCUCGGUCGUUUCAGUCAUUGGCAUUAUCGUUGAGCUUACCGCCGCAGGCACGGGUGUUGAUCCUGGCCAUUUUGCCCAAUUCCUCGCCGGCCGUGUGAUCGUCUACAUCUCUGUCGGUUUAGUUGAAGUCAAUAUUACUACCUACCAGGCCGAAAUUGUCCCCGCGCCGUUCCGCGGCUUUGUCGUCAUCUCUCUCCAGCUGUUCCUGAACGCAGGCACCGUCCUUGCUACCGGAGUCAACAAAGCGUUCGCAAACGUGGGUGAUUCCGUUGGCUGGAAGACGGUGACUGGUGUUCAGUUUGUAUUUCCAGUCCUGAUUUCGGCAUUCACCUUCUUCAUCCCUAGCUCCCCUCGCUGGCUGCUUUCCAAGGAUCGUGAAGAAGAGGCCGUAGUUUCACUCCGUCGUCUCAGGACCCAGGCAGAUGCUUUUGAGGGCCGCUGCGAUGCCGAAGUUCAAGAAAUCAAGGAAGCCUUGCGAGGCAACGUUCAGAAAGCGCCUUGGGCAGACUUGAUUCAUGGAAACAAUCUGCGCAGGACCAUGAUUGUCGUCGUGUACUACUUCUUUCAGCAGACCACGGGUCAAGCAUUUGUCUCAACGUACCAGACGACAUUUUAUAAACAAAAUGGUUAUGCUGACCAGUCUUUUACCUACCCUGUCGUCAACAGCUGUCUUAGCUUAAUCUCUGUCAUACCGGCCAUGUACCUGGUUGACAGGUUCGGCCGACGAAUUACUCUCAUGAACUCAUUCUUCUUCCAAGCAUUCUGGAUGUUUCUUCUCGCCGGGGUCGGCCAGAAACCUCACAAAACGCCAACGGAAAAGAAUACAAUCGUGGCCGCUUUCAUGCUUUAUGCAUUCAUGUAUAAUAUGGGUGGCGCUUCUAUACCGUACCUUUUGGGCUCCGAAAUCCCCAACGCCGCUCUGCGAGAAAAAACACAAUCUCUGGGAACCUCAUGGAAUGUGCUCUGGGGUUUUGCGACCAACUACUCGAUUCCAUACAUUAUCGCAAAAAUCAAUUUUCAGGUCGGCUGGGUGUUUGGCAGCAUUGCAUUACUGGCAUUGAUAUUUACCAUCUUUGUUCUGCCGGAGACAAAGGGAGCGUCGCUCGAAGAAAUGGACGCGAUCUUUGAAGUCGCUUUCAACCCUUUUCGACCAAACAAUAUCCAUGCUAAGAGUCGGCUAGGACAUCCACAAAGAGAUGGCGGCCUCCCAGUGCCAAUGUCGAAGAAUGACGAUAUCGGGAGUAAGGACGCCUGGGUGGAGGCGGCACAUGUCUGA